CUUGUUGCCAGGCUGCGUUAGAUGGGUGUGAAAGAGGUGUGUAGAAACGGAUACGACGAAUGAGGAAGUGAGGAGUGUUGCAUUGUGGGAGUUGUUGUUAACGCUCAACCAAGACGCUUUGGGAUUCCACAGAGCCGCCUUCGGCUUGAGAACUACAAGUACCAGGCAUAACUGUAAGGUGUCCGUUUACAGUGCACAGUUCGAUUUGUUUUGGUUUAUGCAGGCUGCGCUUUGUCACGGGGAGCCAAAGUCCACCGCGGUACUUUAACUUGGUCUUGCCCAUUACACAUUUCUGAAUCACUGACGAACCCUGGAACAGCUCCUCCUCCGAGGUCUGAUACGCCACCCCCUUUUAGGGCCGCCGCCCGCCUUGUAGCUCUGUUAUCGGACCCCUGAAGCUGACCUGCUAGUUAGCAAAUAAGCUAACGAUUGCCUAAUUUCACCCAUGUCCUCUGAAGAAGGAUUGAGCUCAACGAUCACAGAUUGGCUUUUCAUCAAUUCCUGGUGGCUUCUUCUGCCAUUCAUAAUGCUCCUUGUAGUCGCCGCCUUCAUUGUGGUGUUUGUGUUGCUGUUAUACAUGAUAUCGCCUCUUAUUAGUCCCAAACCUUUGAAACUCAACGGGGCCCACGUCGUGGUGACAGGAGGCUCAAGUGGGAUUGGGAAAUGCAUUGCAAUUGAGUGCUACAGACAAGGAGCAUUCAUCACUUUGGUGGCACGGGAUGAGGCUAAAUUGCUUCAAGCAAAGAAGGAGGUGGAGAAAUUUGCCAUCAAUGACAAGCAGGUGGUGCUCUGCAUAUCGGUGGAUGUCUCCAGCGAUUAUAGCCAGGUGGAAAGUGUGAUAAAACAGGCCCAAGAGAAGCUGGGACCUGUUGAUAUGUUGGUGAACUGUGCUGGAACAUCCAUUUCUGGAAAGUUUGAGGAUGUGGAAGUGGACCGUUUUAAAAAACUGAUGGAAGUGAACUACCUGGGCAGCGUUUACCCAACACGGGCCGUCAUAACCACCAUGAAGGAGCGAAGAAUGGGCCGCAUCAUGUUUGUAUCCUCCCAAGCAGGCCAGAUUGGCCUGUUUGGAUACACUGCCUACUCCCCAUCCAAGUUUGCCCUGCGUGGCUUAGCAGAGUCUCUGCAGAUGGAGAUAAAGCCAUACAAUAUCUAUGUGACUGUGGCCUACCCCCCUGACACUGACACUCCAGGAUUGGCUGAGGAAAACAAGACAAAGCCUCUAGAGACCAAACUAAUCUCUGAAACCUCUGGAAUUUGCCAACCAGACCAAGUGGCCAAAAUCAUUGUUCGUGAUGCAGUGCAGGGGAACUUCAACAGCUCUGUAGGACCUGAUGGGUACAUGCUGUCAGCCCUCACCUGUGGAAUGUCACCUGUCACGUCCAUCACAGAAGGGCUCCAGCAGAUUGUUACCAUGGGUUUAUUUCGCACCAUCGCCCUCUUCUACUUGGGGAGUUUUGACAGCAUUGUGCGCCGUUGCAUGAUUCAGAGGGAGCAGUCGAAAGCAGCUGACAAGAGGGAGUAACAGCAGCCUUGCCUUCUUCAUCCCAGUGCCCCUCUUCCCCCCCCCCCCCCCCCCCUCCCGUCCCAUCCUGUCCUCCAGCCUGUACUAGCGCACAACCGUAGGUGGGGGGGAAAGGCCAAGCUUUGAGUGCAUUUCUGAAAUCAACUUAACAGAUGGGAUGAAAGAAAGUGGCAGAUGUUUACUCUUUGCCUGUUCAGUGAUGUAACACCUCCAUAGACAUCACAGUUGCUUUGAUUUUUAACUCCGAGCAUUCCAGUGACUUUUCAGUUUAAUGUGUCCACCUGCUUCUUUUUGCAGGAGCCUUACUUUAAGGGAAUGGGGGCAGACCAAACAUCCCACAGCUGGGGUUGUUCUUUUUUUUUUUAAGUAUGAAGGCUUUUCAGACCGCUGACAUUAUAGAUAGCAGGCCUCCCUGCCUCCUCUUGCACAGUGUUUUUUUUUUUCUUUUUGAUCACAGACAAGAAAAGCAAAAGAUAGCCUGUCUGACCGGUUGUGCAAAAUAUAGUUUGAACUUACUUCCCACCAGGGGCUAUAGUGAAAACCAGAAUGGUAAUGCUCUGUAUUUGUCCAUGUAUUUCAAAACUAGAUAUACCUUUUAAGAAUUUUACUUUUAAAUCACUGAAUAAGGCUCCCCCUCUCUGCCUUUUCAUAUCACAAGGCUCUGCAGGCAAAGCACCUUCCUGUUUGACUGAAUAACUUUUGUGUAUGAAACCAGUUGUAAGCCUCAGCAUUUUGAUUAUGCUGUGGGAUGUUUUGUUUUUUGUUCUGUGUGUGUGUGAAUCAAGCCAAGAUGUGAUACAGCGCUAUACUCUUUAGUGAUAUUGGAGAGAGAGAGAGAGCAUGUGAUGCUUUUGAUUGUUACAUUUUACCAAUGCAAAAACAUAAUUUGCAUAAAAUAAUAAUACUGAAAAAUAUUAGACCCUGUAUUGGGCCAAACAUGUUUCGGUGAACUGUGUGCAACGGAUGUGUGUGUGUGUGUGUGUCUGUGUUUGCUGUGACUGAGCCAACCCCCUGGGGAGAGAAAAGCCAUUAGAUUAUAUUGUCUCUGGGAUAAAGACACCAAAUUGUUUUCCCACCAUCCCCAUCAUAUUGAAAAAGGAAAGCAGGUACUAUGAGUUGAAGCCAUUUAGUCAAAACAUUGUGGGGUGAAAAAAAAAAAAAGAAAAAGACACAGGUACAGGUAGUUUCACUUCUCACCUGUGAAUUUGGUCAUGUUGUAUACACUAUCUUUCAUUAAAUGUGUGGAAGGAAGCGUAUCAUUUUUACAUGUAAGUCUAUGUGUCAGAGCACAAAUGCAGCCACCCCAGUCAGAAUCCAAGUGGGUUCCACAGUCUGUUUGGGUGGUGGAAGUCAACGCAGGGAGAGACUUGCUGGCUCGAGUCAUGUCCCUGUGGGUCUAGUGAGGGCGCUAGAGAUUUGUUUUACAUGCAGGCCAAAACAGAAGGACAGGCAUGGAAGUGUGAACAUUGACCCUCUGCUGUCAUGCUGUCAUGGACAGUUGGGACUUUGUAGCUCCAUUAAUAUCAAUUCCCUCCUGAUUUCUGUCAAGUCUUGAAAACUCUUGUAUGUAUCCUGUUUUUCUAUAUGUUUUGCAUAUAGAGGGAGAAAAUCACAGUGUUGACUUUUGCAAGUCUUCCUUUUUGGUCCACCACAAAUGGGGAGAAUGUACUUUAAUACAAAGCAUACAAAUCAGAACAUAGGAAUAUUAUUUUUAAAUACACCAAUAUUUGAAUGCCAAAAUGUGUUAAGACAAUUUCUGUAGAUGCAGUGCAUUUAUUUGAGAUUUUCAGUGUUGCUGCUGUGUUGGUUUUAGAGUUAGAUUAUUAAACCUGUGAAGCAGUGUGGGGAUCCAUUCUAAGCCUUAAGAUGCAACUACUGAUGAAGCUAAUGCUAUACGAGUGGGCCUGUCCACAGGACAAAUGUGGCUUAACCCACAUGUUGUUUACUGGUUCAUUUACUAAGUAAUGAUACUUUUAAGUGUGAAACGACAGCUGUUUUUUGUGUAUUUUAUCAAUUACCGGUCUUUGUAUGACAAAAAGAAGCCUUACGGAAAUCCGAGAUAUGAAAGUGAGAAUGGAUGACUCGUGUUGGAUGAUGUUCUCAUUUGAUAUUGGUUAAAGGCACACUGUCCUGCACUCAAAAGCUUUUUCAUAAUUGUGCUUUUAUUGCCAUCGAAAGUUCUCUUUUACCUUGAGGUAGCAACGCAUAGUUGAUAGAACAUGUAGCCCAUAUUGAAACUGUUUUGUCAUGUUUUGUUUAAACCUUUAAGCUAUGCAAAUGAAGCUUACAGUAUCUUUGAACAUACAGUCAAAACGUAAGUUCUGUAACAGUCACGCUAGUUUCCCUUAUUUGGUGGUGUCAUCAGCAAAUGCUUAAUAUGAGAUUUUAAGUAUUGAACAUGCACUCUUGUUUCAUUCAUCUUUCUUGCUUUUUUACUUUUUUUGCCAAAACACUUUCACCUUGUGUGCCAUUGUAAGAAAAUGUGAGAAGUGGAACAUUCUUUGUCUGAUUUUCUUACAUGAUUAACUAAAUAAAUACCUAUGGAGGGAAAAACAACAACAAAA